AUGGCGAGCUUCAACAACCCUGUCGCUGGCGGACAGAGCCUCCCGGACUCCACUCAAGUCGAAACGAUCUGGUCCAUGGGCUUCGCUUCUCUCACCUCCAACAAGUAUCAUGUGGUCGUUCCCAUGUUCAUGGCGCAAGCGAUCGGUGACGAAGGCGUCAACACUUUGAAGCUCCGUCUAGCUCAAUAUCUUCAUGCUGAGACCAUCGCCUAUCCAGAUGUGCCAACUCAAACCUUGCACAUCUGUCGUCUGUCUGACUACGAUGGUCCCAUUCCGUUCACCGCAAGCCGUCAAGGUCAGCGCCUCUCUGCCACAUCACCCGACAGCUCGCCAGCAACAAUCAACUCUCCCUCAGACACACCUGAAAACUCGGACAAGAAGUCCAAGGUUGCCCGUCCUCCCAAUGCCUUCAUCCUCUACCGCAAGCACUACCACCCCUCUGUCAAGGCUGAGAACCCUGACCUUCACAACAACGACAUCUCUGUCAUGCUUGGAAAGCAGUGGAAUGCUGAGCCAGAGAAUGUCAAGGCUGAGUAUCGAAUACGUGCACAAAAGAUCAAGAAGCAGCACGCUAUCGACAACCCUGGCUACCAGUACGCCCCACGGAAGCCAUCUGAGAAGAAGCGACGCAUGACUACCAAGAAAGCUGCAAAGCUCAAGUCUGCUGCCGAAGAGGCGUCUCCUCUCAGUCAUACCUCUAAUUCGACUCAAUCAACACCAGAUGCACUCGACUUCGGCUUCGAUGAUUCAUUCUUCAACACUUCCAUUGAUGGCCAAAUGUUCCUCGACAUGCCUGCUCCAGCUGUGUCUCUGAGUGAGCAACUUGCGCAGCAAACUGCCACUACUUCCACCACUCUUGUCCCUUUCAACGAAGAUCUUCAACCAAAUCAGCUGUCCAACGACGCUACCACUCAGAACACCAACCAGCAAACCUUCAUCGACGGCAUCAUCGACUGGACUGGCAUUCAAUCCGAUGCUCAGCUCGUCUUCGGGUCCAUUCUUAUCGAAAGCGAUGCACUGGCUCAGACGGAGACUGCCGACCAAUUCAUGACUUACAACGGCAUGACUGAUGCUGAGUUUGCUGCCGAACUUCAGCGUGUCUCUGAGAUGAUGUAA